AUGGAUCUCGUUAUUUUGGCGUUUUUGUUCUGCCUUAUCACAUUUGGUAUUUUGAAAAUUGUGCUACCACCAUGGAACUUUCCGAGAAAUAUCCCCACUAUCCCGUUUUAUGUCACAUUUUUGGCGACAAUAUGGGAUGUUGAUCAGGAGGACAUCUAUGAAAUUUACUUACGAGAGCCUCUUGAAAAAUACGGUGCUGUAAAGCUAUACUUUGGGUCACGCUGGAAUAUUGUGGUUUCUCGACCUGAGCUACUGGCACAGGUUUUCAAAGACGAAGAUACCUUUGCUAAGAGUGGGAACCAUAAGAAGAUUCCAUACGGGGUGAUUGCUGCAUAUACAGGCGAAAACGUAAUAUCUGCGCAUGGGGCGAUCUGGAAAACGUUUCGCCGAGCAAUUACACCUGGGUUGCAAAUCUUUGACCACACGCCAAUGAUCAAAAAUGCAGAGAUUUUCUGCUCUCUCAUCUCAAAACAGCUGACGACCAGUGAUUCCGAUAAUAACGAGAAAAUUCAUUUACAAUCCAAUGAACAACCAUGGGAAUUACAAGAAAAGAAGUCUGGUAUUGUUUUGAUGCCAGAACUUAUUCAAAGGCUUAGUCUUGCGAAUAUCUCGGAAGUAGCUCUCGGAUUUGAUAUCGAAACUCUGACAAAAGAAAAUUCCGAACUUCAUGUGAAAUUAAAGAACGUCAAAUCCCACAUAUUCAAGUCUCUAUACCUAAAUUUCCCUUUGCUUGACAAACUGCCUAUCCCCUCGCGCCAGCGAGCGAGACGGUUUGUCGAAGAUUUUAGGGAGUGCUUGAUGGAAGCGGUUGAGACCAAUCUGCUCCAAAAUUAUACUUUUGAACAGACAGCUUUUUCUUCCUCCGACCUCAUCCGCAGUUUCAACAAAGAGGAAAUCUCAAAGAAGCAGUUGAUUGACAACGUUGUAAUAAUAAUGGUGGCCGGCCAUGAGAAUCCACAACUUUUACUGACGACAUGCUUCUACAUGUUCGCCAAAAACCAAAAGUGGCAGAAGCUAGUUAGGGAAGAAGUUCAAGGUUGCGCUGUUGAAAACCUCUCAGAACUUCCUCUUUUGAACAGUUUUAUCUUUGAGUGUGUUCGCAUGUACCCACCACUGUCCCAAAUAAUAAAUCGCUGCACCUCAAAGCCGUGCCGACUGGGAAGAGAUAUAAUACUGCCAAGGGAUGUAUAUGUGGGCUACAACGUUCUUGCCACUGGUCGUCAGAGAUCAGCUUGGGGCAAAGAAGCUCAUCGAUUCAUUCCAGAGAGAUGGGGAGACAAUAUUGAUGAAAUUAUGAAAGAAUGGAAACACAGGAAGAAUACGUGCGCUAUGAGCGCGUUUCAUGGCGGGCGCCGUGCUUGUUUGGGUGAAAAGCUCGCAUUAAUGGAGGUGCGGAUAGCAAUGUCUGCUGCCCUUAAAGGCUUUGAGUGGUCGCUGGCGCCCAACUGGGCCGAUAAGGUGACGCCCGCAGGCCCCUUAUGCCCCGCAGGCUUGAAGGUGAAAUUCACUGAACUUGCUUGA